CAAAGGCUUUGUACCGCCGCCAAGCUGAUUUCAGAAUGUAUUUGCACGAAACAGCCGAACUUUGUGAAGCUUUGGAAGUGCAUAACUUAUAUUAAUCAUUUAAAUUUCUGAAACAUUUAAAAGUACAAUAAUCAGUGGAUUAUAGGAACAAAUAAAAUUAAAUUUCGGUCCAACGGAUUUGCCGUAUCGAGCUUUUGAAAUAUGGUAUUAUUCCGUCGCCAUUUUGACUAAUCAGAACUUUGUGCUGUUAGUUUGUUAGGUAUAUUUAGAAAUUUCGGUGCGGUUUGUAAACUUUUUAAAGACUAUUUGAUUUCGUUGAUUUUCGAAGAUUGUGAAAAUGACACAGCAAACAAAUACAACGAACUGGGUGAUACAGGGGACGAAUGGUCAACCACAAAUGAUAAAAAUGAUGCCAUUGUCAGGAGUCUCAGGAAAAACUUUCAGUGGUAUAAUGACUUCUGCAAUGAGUGGACAACAACUAAAAAUUAUUAAGACAUCUCCUGCUACUAUAGCUGAUGAAACUCAACAGAUAUAUGCAUCUAAUAUAUCACCUGCAAAUCACAUUUUACGGACGAUAGGAGGGUCUAGAGUAGUUACAAAAACCGUCCCUCUUCAAGUAAACAAAUUGCCAAGUGGAUUAAAGACCAUAAAGCUGGCAACCUCCCAGAUGCCCGGCAUCAAGAUUAGCCCUGCAGCCAACUCAAUAAAAGUCCAACUAUCACCACAGCUCAAUUCUACUUCGACCACGGUACCUGUAUAUACAUCUCAGCCAUCAACAAUGCCCAAAAAUAGUACUCCCCCAAUUUUAUCAAGAAAACGACAGGAUCAUGUUGAACUGGACUAUGCACCUGAAUCGAAAAGGCCGCGAAAAUCAGACAAAGUAGGAAAAGGGCUCCGUCACUUUUCAAUGAAGGUUUGUGAGAAGGUACAACAGAAGGGGACCACUACUUAUAAUGAAGUAGCAGAUGAACUAGUUACGGAAUUUACGAAUUCAACAAAUAAUAGCCUGGCUGAUCAAUAUGAUCAAAAAAAUAUUAGGAGAAGGGUAUAUGAUGCCUUAAAUGUUCUAAUGGCAAUGAAUAUUAUUUCUAAGGAAAAGAAAGAAAUUAGAUGGAUAGGCCUUCCAACAAAUUCGCUCCAAGAGUGCCAUCAACUUGAAAAGGAUGUACAAAAGAAGAUAGCCUCAAUAGUUGAAAAGGAAAAACAAUUAACGGAAUUAAUUCUAAACCAAAUUGCUUUUAAAAAUUUGGCACAAAGAAAUAGGGAUAACGAAAAAUUCUAUGGGGCACCCUCUUCGAAUUCUUCCAUUCAGCUGCCUUUUAUUGUUGUCAAUACUAAUAAGAAGACUGUUAUUAGUUGUAGUAUAUCAAAUGAUAAGAGGGAAUAUGUCUUUCAGUUAAAUGACACAUUUGAAAUAAAAGAUGAUAUGGAAAUAUUAAAGUCAAUUGGAAUGUUAUCGGGUUUAGACACUGGUACCUGUUCUCUAGAGAGUUUAGAAAAGAUCAAGGGCUUAAUUCCUGAAUCCAUGUGGCCAUAUUUAGACAAAAUAUACAAUGGUACUCAUCAUUCAUUGGAACAACUUCUCGACGAAGCUAACGCAGGCACUAGCUCCCUCUCGAUGCUCAACGCUGAUGAGUUCGUCGAAGCACGCCUGGACGAAGAGAAUUCGCGCCAAUCCUCGAGUUUUGAUCCUCUGUCACCAAGUCCUCACGAGUUUUCAGAAGACGAAGCCGAAUCUGACAUUUCCAGCGACAACGAUGUCCAUUAGUAUUUAUUAUAAUUCGUCUCACUGAAAACACGGAGAUUUUUACCUAUUUUGUUAUUCUUCUUCUUAAUAACAAAUGAAAAGAUUGGUUGAAAAUGUG